AUGCUGAAGAGCGAGCCAUCUCUCGAGAUUUACUGCGAUUCCGGAGAUGGGUUCAUCAAAUCCGAAGAUCCGGUGAUCGGAAUCGAGGAGAAUUUGGAGAGAACGGUUACGAUUGGUGAUUCGAUUGACUCCUCCGACUUCAGUUUUGCUAAACACAAGGAGGAAGAAGGUGAGAGUGUUGAAAAGGGAAAAGGAGUUUUUGAUAGAGAAAGUUUAGAGAUUGAAAGACCACCAAGUCCUCCUAUGCAUUUGGCUGCAGGUUUAGGGAUUGAUAAGUUUGAUUUGUUUGGUAAUGAGACCAAAUUCGAUUUACCGAGUUUCGAUGAUGAGGGUUGUGAUGAUUACUACAAAAGAAUGCUCGAUGAGUAUCCAGUGCAUCCUUUGCUUCUCAAAAACUAUGCCAAGUUCUUGGAGUACAAAGGAGAUGUAAGUGGAGCAGAAGAGUAUUAUCACAAGUGUACUGUAGUUGAGCCUAGUGACGGAGUAGCCUUAGCAAACUAUGGUAGAUUAGUGAUGAAGCUUCAUCAGGAUGAAGCCAAAGCCUCGAGCUACUUUGAACGCGCUGUGCAAGCAUCUCCUGAGGAUAGCUCAAGGUUGUCUGAGUCAGAAGAUGGAGAAACGCUAUGUAGAUAUGCGAAAGCGUUUUGGAGUAUCAGUGGUGACCAUGAGAAGGCCUUGUUCUAUUUCGAGAAGGCCGUUCAAGCCUCUCCAAAUGACAGGUACAACAUUAUCCUCGGAGAGUACGCACGGUUCCUAUGGGAAAUAGAAGAAUGA